AGCAGAUUCAAAAAAUACAAUCUGAAAUUGAUACAUUAAAAGUGCAAAUUAUUGAGAUAACAGGUAAUGAUGAAGAUUAUAUACCAGAUGAUACAAAUCAGCAGUUAUCUUUAGUUUAUCCCA